AUGGAAAGACCAAACAAGCGAAGAUCCAUCCGCCGCUCCAUCUCCGACUUCUCACGGGCCUGCUUCUUCCCCAGCAGCAAUCCCGAUACUGACUCCCUCCCUGUGCCCGCUCGAUCAGCCGCUACACGACCGGCGGUGACACGACCAGGACACGUACGACUGGCCUCGACGCCCGACGUUCGACAGGAUGCCAGAGACUCCUCAUCGAUAGAGAUGGUCGAGAACGACGCGAAGAAGCAGAAACGAGCAUCCUAUGUUCCUCGACAUGCGGCUUCGUCGUUCAUGGCGUCGACUACGCCUUUGACGCCUAAGGAGAUCAAGCGGAGAUCCAUGAUGGCGUCGACGAUGCCGAGCACUUCGACUUUCGCGGUUGAGAGUCUGGAUGGUAGCGUUAAGGCAGCGAGGCGGAAGACGAUGGUGUAG